GUUAUCAGUCAACUAAAACAUAUCCUCUGCUCAGUACAUACGCCAUCAAUGACAAACAAACACUAGGAUCUAUUACACCAGUCGCAUCCAAACAAAAUGAUCGUCGAAAUCAUAGUCUUCCUGAUAACUGCUAUAUUAGUAUACUAUUUGUACCUGUACAAAUGGGUGCAUCACUAUUUUGACAAAAGAGGUGUGAAGUACUUGCCCGGGGUACCGAUUUUUGGAAAUAUUUUAAAAUCUACGUUUCUGAAAAAUCAUGCGGUUGAUGAUUUGGAUACGGUGUAUCGAGCUUUCCCGGAUGAAAAGUAUGUAGGCUACAUAGAAGGUACGGCUCCGAUCCUCCUAAUCCGAGACCUGGAGCUGAUGAAAUCCAUCACGAUCAAGGAUUUCGAUCACUUCGUCAACCACAAGCAAUUCUUCUCUGAGGAGAUUGAACCAUUGUUUGGAGGCAGCUUGUUUAUGAUGAAAGGUGAAAGAUGGCACGAUAUGCGCACCACACUGAGCCCUGCUUUCACUGGCUCCAAGAUGAAGAAGAUGCUGCCGUUCAUGACGGAGAUCAGCGCCAACAUCGUCAACCACUUGAAAGGUCGUAUCGGCGAAGAUAUUGACGUCGAGGACCUGAUACGUCGCUACACGAGUGACGUCAUCGCAUCCGCCGCCUUCGGACUGCAGGUCGACUCGGUGCGGGACAAGGACAACGAUUUCUACAAGACUGGCCAGCUUCUGUUCAAGUUCAAUUUCUGGCAGCAGUUUAUGUUCUUCUUUACGGCUAUGUUUCCUAAUUUGUCUAAGAGACUUGGCGCUAGAGUGUUCCCGGCUAAAACAAUGGAAUUCUUCAGCCACCUGGUGUCGAGCACGAUGGAGUACAGAGAGAAGAAUAACAUUGAGAGACCCGAUAUGAUACAGUUGCUAAUGGAAGCUUCUAAAGGUGCAUUAAAAGAUGAUAAUGAUGCAAGCGACAAUACGUCACCCACCGAUGACACGUUUAAACCAAAAGCAGUACAGAGACAGUGGACUCAAACUGAACUGGCGGGCCAAGUUUUUAUCUUCUUCGUAGCCGGCUACGAGAGUUCUGCUACAGCCCUGGUAAUGUGCGUGCACGAGCUGACCAUCAACCCCGAUGUCCAGGAGACAUUGUACCAGGAGAUCAGGAGCUUCAAGGAGAAGCACGGCGAACUGACAUACGACAACCUCACUGCUUUGAAAUACUUGGACUGCGUGUUAUGCGAAACGCAAAGGAAAUGGGCUGCUGCUCUUAUCAUGGACAGGGUUUGCACUAAGCCCUAUGAGUUACCCCCGCCGAGGGAAGGCGGCAAGCCAGUGCAAUUAAAUAAAGGUGACAUAGUCUUUAACCUAGUGAACUCGAUCCACAUGGACCCGCAAUACCACCCCAACCCCACUAAGUUCAACCCGGACAGGUUCUCCGAAGAAAACAAGCACAACAUCAAACCCUUCACCUAUAUGCCCUUUGGCAUGGGACCUAGGAACUGCAUUGGGUCAAGAUUCGCCCUUAUGGAGCUGAAAGUUUUGAUAUACGACCUCGUGCUGAACUUCAAGUUUGUGAAGUGUGCGAAAACCAUGGACCCCAUCGAGCUGAAGCCGCAUCCUUUUAACAUUCAACCCAAGAACGGAUCCUGGAUUCGGUUAGAACCUAGGACGGCUGUUGCCGAUCGAUAGUUGACCAUCAAUAAUUAUAUAUCCAUAUUCUCAAAAAAAAAGGAUGUGAACAAAGUCGCGGGCAAUAAGAAAUCUAAAAUAAAAAGAACAUUAUGUUUAUAUUACUAUUUUGUAUAAUCUUGUGCUAUUUUCUUAUAAGAUCUAUUGUUAUUCUUGUACCAAAUUGUGUUGUUUUUUUGUUUAGAUAAAUAAUAUAAGGAAUUAUAAAAAUGUAUCUAGAUUGCUGCAAGCGGUUGAUUGAUAAUAAAAAUAAGAAAGCCACAA